CCAGUGGUAGGCAAACAAGGAAGUGACGCCAUCACGUUGCGCUCUUAAAGCGAACGUCAGGAAGGCGGAACCCGAACAGGCGGGUCUGUGUUUCUGGAGGAACUUCGGAGUAAGUUAGUUUGACAGCAGGUUCAGGGGUAGCGAUGUUGUGACGGCGAGCAGGUCUCUUAGAUUCACCUGUUAAGACUCUUUAAAACCUGCAGAGAUGGUCUCCACGAUCCUGAACACCGACGUGAAGCAGAAAGAUGCUGAUAUUGCAGUGGUGGUCGCUGUAACAUCUCGCGCACUGUUUGAAUGUGAAGCUGAUGAUGAUGGUGGCGAUGACGUAUACGGAGUGGGUUUGGCUUUCCCACUGCUGAAGGCGCUUCAUAGAGUGAAUGAACGUCUGCUGGAGCAAAAUCCUGCCGAAUCGUUGCUGUUUGACGUCAUCCUGAUCACCACUGACAGCCAGCAACAGCAGCAGAGCUCCCGCAUCAUCUCCAGCACCAGACAUUACGGCCUCGAUGUCGGCAGGUUCUGUUUCGCCAGCGAGGAUGAUUUCAUUGAGAGUUUACUGAAAAAUAACGUGCAGCUCUUCCUGACAACAGACAGAAACGAGGCGCUGCAGGCAUCACAGAAUGGUGUUCUCUCGGUGAUGCUGGACCAGCAGAUAGCUUCCUGUCCAUCAGAGCAGCUCAGAGUCAUGUUCUGCGGGGACGCCAUCAUCCGGCCCGACGCUGGCCCGAGCCAACAGGCCUCUCAGAGUUUCUCGUCUCAGCUGGGCGAGAUGCGGCGGAGGUUCGGCAUGUUGGACACCCCUCUCAGCAUCAUCCUGGUGACGUCGUGUGGCGGGAGGGAAAGCUGUGGCAGCGCCCUGCGGACGCUGCGGUCCCACGGCGUGAGCGUAGAUGAGGCAUACAGCCUGGCCGGGUCCCCGCGGGGCCCCAUCCUUUCCCUUCUCCGACCUCACUUCCUGCUCAGUGACCGCUUCAUCGGCCUGGACGAGUGAUGACAUCAUGAAGGGAUGUAUUGUCACAUGACUUCACAACAAACUUCAGUGUCUUUGAAACAAGCUGCCAAAUCCUCGGAAAUUAAACACCUGUUUAAACUAAAUUGAACCAUUUCUGACACGUGAGGCUUCUGAGCAGAGGCUGCUUGUCUUCUUCAGUUUCAUCACUUCAAUUAAUUUCAAAGUUUAUGUUGUUGAUUUAGAAGCUUCUGCUGUUUUUCGACAAGCUCAGUAUCUUAGUUCAGGAUUAUAUUUACUGGCUUCUCCAGGUGUUUAACCCCACUAGAUGCAUCUCUGCUCAUUUGCUAAUUCUGUUUUAAAACAGACUGAAAACAUGUUUGCAGUAUCUUUUUAUUUUCUGAAACACUGUAUGUUAAACCUGUGAGAUAUUAGAGAGCUCCAGAACUCCCGAAUGAUAAGAUUUUUGUGCAGAACGUCCAUCUCAAUAUGCACAUGUGGUCUGGUUACAAGGAUUAGGAAGUUCCACAUAUAAAAUAUUGCAAAGGAAAA